AUGUCCAAUUUCUUCAACAAUCUACCUCCGGGUGUGCCUAUGCCAGGCUCAUUUCCAUCCCCCGAGGAAGUACGCCGGGACGCACGUCACUUUGCGACAAAACUCUUCAAGGACUAUGCAACAUUGAACAAGAUUGUUGAGCGACACGAAGAAACAAUACGCACAAGAUGGAGCAAAAAGACCAACUCGCAGAAGAAGAAGCUGCUGUUGGAGGCGUGGCCGAACAUGUCAACCCACCACCGACCAGAUGUCGAAGCAUGGCGCCGACGUGCGAAAUCGAAGGAAGCUUACUUGUGGCCAUACAUCAAUCUCGAAGACCUCAUUCAACGAAAGACCAUGUUACUUCUCCUCCACUUCCGUGGUAGACAUCAUCCUCGAGAGUUCAUCCACUCGGAUCUCGAACAAGCAGCAUUUGGUAAAGUCAGUGGCAUGACUAUGCCGGCCUUUCUGAACGAAUACACCAUGUACUUCCACAGGGGGGAGACCGCCGAUAGAUAUGGCGAGUUGAUCUCCUGGGACGACGAAGAGAAUGCUUUCGAUGAUAUGACCAACGAAGUCGGCAUGCAUCCCGGGGAUGGCCUUCAGGCUUUGGAAAUUCAGCAACGCAUCUUGGCGUUCCUCGUCACAUGGUCCAAGCUCUUACUCCAGGACUUGCCUUCCUUAAUCGACAGCGACGUUUUUCCCAACCCUGGGCCGCCGCCAAGUACAGGAGAUACCACGUCGCUACAGACGAUUGCCCUAGAAGCUCCAUACCGCAUUCCUGCUCAUCUCGAUUUCGCCCGCUUGAAGGCUAUAGCGUCGGCUGAGCGCAACGCACGAGAAGAUCAUCUAUGGGCUCUUCGCGAGGAUCCCGGCUACUUUGCCGAAGUAAUGGAAGAGGCAUCGGUGCAUCGCCAGGAACAGGUCCCCGAUACUAAAGGUCAGGAGCAUCCAACUCUGAAAGAGCCCGGACGUCCUUUGUUCUGGAAUCGUGUCCUUGGUUUCACCCUCAAUGAGUCACACUUCAUGUUCGUUACGUUUGAUGAGAUAGUUCGACAGAUCAACAACCUGGCGUCAUUGCAUGCGAGACACCAUGAUCGGAUCAAGCCCGGAGUCAACCUACCUCCAGAUCUGUCGAUGGCCUUCCAGAACCUCCGUUACCUUCUAAACGCUGCGAAAGUCGACCUCGUCCAGAAUUUACAAGUUGGUCUUUUUCCAUCACCACCACUUCGACAGUUCUGCAUUCGCGAACCCCAGGACCCGCGAACAUCCAUGAUGCGAGUAAUGUAUGAGCCACCGCGAAACAACCAUGCUGUCACGCGUAUAAUACCCCUCUUUGACAUUCUGUUCAAAGACGAUCAGCUUCGUCUUUUUGGCUUGCACACCGUGACAGAUGAGAUAGGGCGUCUGAUGGAAACCGAUAGCAGUGUCAAUGCUCUGAUUUCGCCUUGGGUCGCCAGCAGGCUUUCGUCUCUGGCAGUAGUCUCCGAGUGCUUGCAUCAGCUGCAUCUUUUCAAGCCCUGGUCACGCAAGAUUGAAGACGACAUGGAAAUAGACGACAGCACCCCGCGACGCAAUUACAAUCUGUCUUUCCAAGAGUGGAUCCCAGUGUUGAACGCCAAGUUUGAAGGAUCCCAGGUCUACCGAUAUGUUGACCCAAGUGACGGAAAGUUCAACUACCCAGUCCAGCGGAGACGCAACAAGCAGAACGUCGAGAUUAUGCGCAAGGCUGAAGCGAACCUUGACUUAUUUUGGAAAGCGGUCGAUCAACACUACAAAUCGAGGGGUGUUGGAAAGUCACAGCAAGAUCUGAUAUCUCACUUGCUACGCAGUGAUCGAGCCAUCCAGAGAACUCCCGAGUGGAUCGAGCCCGAGAAGAGCAAGCCGCGCCGCGAAGAAGACGACUAUGUAUAUCAGCCCUUUUCAACAGUGUUCCACGACCCCACCAAACAAGUCACUGGAACAUUCGACCGCGCUUCCCUUUCCGACAAAGCGCCAAAGGCAAAGACCCGGAGUAGCGCACUUCCGACCGAGGAAACGAAACCCGGCAUCCCCCAUGAGUCCAAUGAGGUUCCGGCGUUUUUCACCGUGGACAAGCGAGCUCAUAAGGUCUUCCGGACGUUGUUCCAUUCACCAAAUAACCCCGACAUGCCUGGGGAACUCCCUUGGGCCGACUUCCUCCACUCGAUGGUAUCCGUGGGCUUCUCCACCGAGAAGUUACACGGUUCGGCAUGGAAUUUCACGCCCCAGACGCCGGAUAUUGGCCUUGAGCGAAGCAUACAGUUCCACGAGCCGCAUCCUAGUAACAAAAUACCGUUCUUGUGGGCAAGGAGGUUCGGGAGGCGGUUGGGAAGGGCAUAUGGGUGGAGCGCGGAGACGUUUCGCAUGGCUUAA